AUGGCUCGCAAAUUGUCCCCUGUGGGGGGUCUACAGGUUCUCUUCAACUUCGUAUUUUUCGUCUUGCCGUCAGCGACGGGUAGGAUUGGGCGAGCCAUUAUCAGGGCUUGGCUGAGAAAGCUACCGAUGAAGCCAGCUAUCUGGAAUGGAUUUGCUGGUAGUUUGAUGCUCAAUAUCCCUCCAGUGCAACUUCAGGCGAUCCUACCUUCGACCUUUGACGCGUAUAAAGAAUGGAUCACUUCGAGGGGGAUUGACAUUCGUGUGGAUGUUGUCGCUGAUAACUCCACCAGGGUGCUGUGGGUGGGCCCCCGAGGAGGGAAGAAGGUGCUCCUUUUCUUCCAUGGUGGAGGAUAUGUGAUGCCACUGUCCAAGGCCCACCUGGAUUGGGUGGAACAUAUCCGAGAAGAAGUGUGCAACGCUGGUAUCCAGCUUAGUGCGUGCAUUCUUGAAUAUGACUUGAUUCCUAUGCAUUCAUAUCCUCGACAAAUGCUGCAGGCAAUAUUGGCUCUGAAGCACCUUUUGUCCGCAGGCUAUGAGCUGUCUGAUAUUAUAUUCGGAGGAGACUCUGCGGGUGGUCACCUUUCUCUGUCUCUACUAUCGCAUAUGCAUCAUCAUCGUCCAUUUGAGGGCCGUGAAGACUGUCACGUUGAUCGACAUCAUGGGGUACGAGGCUGCUUCCUCGUGUCCCCUCUAUGCUCAUUUAAUUUCAAUACUCCCUCGUACAACAAAUGGUUCAGCGUCGAUGUUCUUGGAAAACAGGUAGUGAGUAAAUGGGGUGAAGACUUGGUAGAUGGCUCUCCCUGGCAGGAAGAGAUUUCUGCCGGGAAAGGCUGGGGUAUGGCACUAGAUGUCCCGGAGAAGUGGUGGGAAGGUCUGGACGCGGCUGAGCGUAUCCUUCUCACUGGGGGUUAUGAGGAGGUCUUUAGCGAUCAUAUUCAGGAGUUGGGGGCCACUCUUCAGAGAAAUAGUACGGGUGAAGUGGAAAUCUAUAUGGCUAACGAGGCCCACGAUGGCCCGCUCAUGGAUUUCGCGGCUGGAAGACCUCCAAGUGAGACGACGAGAACCAUUACCCAUUUCAUUAUAUCUAGCUUCAAAUAG